CGACACCCUCGCGCUACCGAGUCGCAAACGGCGGCGGCCCUACGUGGCCUCACCUCCGCCCCGCCUCCGCCUCCCCGACGUGUCAGCAUCCCGUCCACAGUACCCGACUGGACGAUUCGCAAUUCCUCCUCCUACUUGUCCGUCUUCGCCACGGCCCUUCCACCAAACCCCGUGCACUCUUCGCCUCGCAGUCAAGCUCCUAGCGCGCGACCAUGGCAGCGGCAGGAGCCCUGGUCGUGUACAGGGCGGUGUUCGCCGCGCUCGGCUGCCUCAUGGUGGGCACCCUGGUGUACACCUGCAUCACCGAUGGCUCGCCGUUUCGCAUCGAGCUGCUGACUCCGUGGAUCGUGACAACAUUGGUUGAUUUUUAUGUAAAUAUAGCAGCGAUUUCGACUUGGGUUGUCUACAAGGAAGGAAAUUGGAUUAGUUCUAUCUUCUGGGUAGUACUGUUGAUUUGUUUCGGCAGUGCUACUACAUGUGCUUAUAUUGUUAGCAAGUUAUUUGAGAUAACAUCUUCAGGGCUUUCCCAAAAUCCGCUUGAUCUUUUGUUGCUCAGGCAAGAUAAUCUACCCGAAAGGAAGUGUUCUUUUGUUGUCAUCGGGAGAACUAUUUUCAGCAUUUUGGGCAUACUCAUGGCUGCACUUGUCACGUAUACUGUCAUUACAGAUGGACUGCCUUUCAGGAAGGAUUUGUUGACACCGUGGAUGGCUGCAACCUUAAUUGACUUCUAUAUAAAUGUCUUUGCAAUAUCGGUAUGGGUUGUUCACAGGGAGUCGACUUGGAUCUCAGCAGUCAUAUGGAUAUGCUUGUUGAUAUGCUUUGGAAGGUCUCUUUUUUGUGCCAGUCUCUCAGCUCUGAGUCCCAUAUGCUCCAUAUUGCCUCCUACGUUCCUCUUGCUAUAUCUGCAUCACAACAUGUGGCUACAUUGUGGUUCAACUUCUCCAAGUGUCGUACCAAGACCCAGUCUACCAUCUGCUACUGAACUCCCAUAGCAAGUAUGGAAUCGCACCCUUGCAGUAAUCGCCGAUCCUCUUCUACUAGCUUGGUUAGCUUAUAGUUGGUGUAAAUUUUGCAACAUACAAUCAUUUAUGUGGCAUUUACCUGAUUGAAAUGUAGGAAGAUCUGAAAACUCAUUGAAGGGGUAUGUUCUUGGUACACAAUAAUGUCACCUAUGUUCAUAAUGGUUCUUCAAUAAAGGGUAUACCAGAGUAGCAAUAGAAGUUUUUUCUUCGUGGAAUGGAAUGAUUUCUUAACGAAGUUGAAGCUCCUUCACUUGUUAUUGUCUCAAAGCUGGUUUUGUAAUUGUAUACCAAAUUUAAUUGCUUGGCAAAUGAUAGACACCAGAUUUUUCCCCUUUUUGCAAAUACACAGAAGGCUUGCGUA